CUUUUUUUUCCCCCCACUCUCUCCCCUCUUUCCUAAGCUCAGUCCUGUUUUCUUUUCCCGAGACUCCCUCCUCCCUCUGGGUAGUCUCCACAACCUUGCCUACCUGUGGAUUGCCCUGGGUGUGGGGCUGGGGGUUGGGCAGGGAAUGAUGUUUCCUCUUCCUUCUCUCUCGUCUGUGUAGCCCAGAGUUCCUGGUCUGAAGGGAAUAUAAAGACUGGAGAAGGGUGUGGUGCGAUGAUUGGGUGUGGAGCGGAACAAGCAGGCACAGGUCUCCGGGCUCCACGUGGGUUUCCUCUCUGGUCUGCUUAAUGCUGUUUAAUCCAGAGUAUAAAGGCAAGUGGAGUCCAAGGGCGUAAGGUCAUCAGAGAAUCUGCUUUCCUCCUGGUCCCUUCUCCUCCUUCCUCUCUAAGCGUAUUCAGAUUUGAGAGGGCUGUUUCCACAGCUCCAAAUGUCGCUUGCGUGUGACUUUUGUCUUAGCAGGGACAGCAAAUACUGACUUGAAAUAGGGAUGGGGAGCUUCAGUGUGGAGUGUCCAUAAAGAUGGAGCAGACACUGACAUUACUCUCCUUCCCUCAGCUAUACAAGAAUCAACUGUAGCCUUCCUUGAAGAGCUGCCUUUCCCAUUCACUGGUUGGAGUUACAUUGUUUCCUGCUGGCAGAAUCAGGGACAUGCCAGCACUUUCUUUCCUUUCCAGUUCUCUGUACUCCGUCCUCACCCACUGCCAAGGGGCUUGGAUCUGAGCUGAUGGGAUACCUUCCUCUGCAGAGCGGGAUGAGUGGGUGUUCCGGCGGGGAUGUGGUCAUUGACGGCCAGUGAGGACGGAAGCACCACGGCCCACUUCUUCCUUGGAGCUGGAGAUGAGGGGCUGGGAACCCAUGGAAUAGGCAUGAGGACAGAAGAGAGUGACAGCGAGCUCCUUGAGGAUGAGGAGGAUGAAGUGCCUCCAGAACCUCAAAUCAUUGUUGGCAUCUGUGCCAUGACCAAGAAGUCCAAAUCCAAGCCCAUGACCCAAAUCCUAGAGCGACUCUGCCGAUUUGACUACUUGACUGUCAUCAUCCUGGGAGAAGAUGUCAUCCUCAAUGAGCCUGUGGAAAACUGGCCAUCCUGCCACUGCCUCAUUUCUUUCCACUCCAAAGGCUUUCCUCUGGACAAAGCCGUGGCUUACUCUAAGCUUCGAAAUCCCUUUCUUAUCAAUGAUCUGGCCAUGCAGUAUUACAUCCAGGAUAGGAGGGAGGUAUACCGGAUCCUGCAAGAAGAGGGUAUUGAUCUGCCUCGAUAUGCUGUGCUCAACCGUGACCCUGCCCGGCCUGAGGAGUGCAACCUGAUAGAAGGUGAAGACCAGGUAGAGGUCAAUGGAGCUGUGUUUCCUAAGCCCUUUGUGGAGAAGCCAGUGAGUGCAGAGGACCACAACGUUUACAUCUACUACCCCAGCUCAGCUGGAGGAGGAAGCCAGCGCCUCUUCCGUAAGAUUGGCAGCCGGAGCAGCGUUUACUCUCCUGAGAGCAGUGUCCGAAAGACAGGGUCAUACAUCUAUGAGGAGUUUAUGCCGACAGAUGGCACGGAUGUCAAGGUAUAUACAGUGGGGCCAGAUUAUGCCCACGCCGAAGCUAGAAAAUCUCCAGCUUUGGAUGGGAAGGUUGAACGAGACAGUGAGGGAAAAGAGGUUCGCUACCCAGUCAUGCUGACUGCCAUGGAAAAGCUGGUGGCCAGGAAGGUCUGCGUAGCUUUUAAGCAAACAGUUUGUGGAUUUGACCUUCUUCGGGCCAAUGGUCACUCCUUUGUGUGUGAUGUCAAUGGCUUCAGUUUUGUCAAGAACUCCAUGAAAUACUAUGAUGACUGUGCCAAGAUUCUGGGAAACACCAUUAUGCGGGAGCUUGCCCCACAGUUCCAGAUCCCGUGGUCCAUCCCCACAGAGGCUGAGGACAUUCCCAUUGUCCCUACCACAUCUGGCACUAUGAUGGAACUUCGUUGUGUCAUUGCAAUUAUCCGUCAUGGGGAUCGUACCCCCAAACAGAAGAUGAAGAUGGAGGUGACACACCCAAGGUUUUUUACUCUGUUCGAAAAACAUGGUGGUUAUAAAACAGGGAAAUUAAAACUCAAGCGACCUGAGCAACUCCAGGAGGUGCUGGACAUCACAAGGCUGCUGCUUGCUGAACUGGAGAAAGAACCAAGUGGUGAGAUCGAGGAAAAGACUGGGAAGUUAGAGCAGCUGAAGUCCGUGUUGGAAAUGUAUGGUCACUUCUCAGGUAUCAACAGGAAGGUGCAGUUGACUUACUACCCUCAUGGAGUAAAAGCUUCUAAUGAGAGGCAAGAAGUACAGCAGGAGACUCUGUCGCCAUCUCUGUUGCUGGUUCUGAAGUGGGGUGGAGAACUAACACCUGCCGGGCGCGUUCAGGCUGAGGAGCUGGGGCGAGCUUUUCGCUGCAUGUACCCUGGAGGCCAGGGUGACUAUGCUGGAUUUCCUGGUUGCGGGCUACUUCGUCUCCAUAGCACUUUCCGCCAUGACCUCAAGAUCUAUGCCUCUGAUGAAGGCCGUGUCCAGAUGACUGCAGCUGCCUUUGCCAAGGGCCUCUUGGCUCUAGAAGGAGAACUGACACCCAUUUUAGUACAAAUGGUGAAGAGUGCCAACAUGAACGGGCUCCUGGACAGUGACAGUGACUCCCUGAGCAGCUGCCAGCACCGGGUGAAGGCGCGGCUGCACCACAUUUUGCAGCAGGAUGCACCCUUUGGCCCUGAGGACUAUGAUCAGCUGGCUCCCACCGGAAGCACUUCCCUGCUCAACUCCAUGACUGUCAUCCAGAAUCCUGUGAAGGUCUGUGAUCAGGUAUUUUCCCUGAUUGAAAACCUCACCCACCAGAUCCGGGAACGGAUGCAGGAUCCAAAAUCUGUAGACCUGCAACUUUACCACAGUGAGACACUAGAGUUAAUGCUACAGCGUUGGAGCAAGCUGGAGCGUGACUUUCGACAGAAGAGUGGGCGCUAUGAUAUCAGUAAGAUCCCUGAUAUCUAUGACUGUGUCAAGUAUGAUGUGCAGCACAAUGGGAGUCUGGGACUUCAAGGCACAGCAGAGUUGCUCCGUCUAUCUAAGGCACUGGCUGAUGUGGUCAUCCCCCAGGAGUACGGGAUCAGUCGGGAGGAGAAACUGGAAAUUGCUGUGGGCUUCUGUCUUCCACUGUUGCGGAAGAUACUACUUGACCUGCAGAGAACUCACGAGGAUGAGUCUGUCAACAAGCUGCAUCCCCUGUAUUCCCGAGGAGUGCUCUCCCCAGGCCGUCACGUUCGAACACGUCUCUAUUUCACCAGUGAGAGCCACGUCCACUCCCUCCUCAGUGUCUUCCGCUAUGGAGGACUUCUUGAUGAGACCCAGGAUGCACAAUGGCAGCGAGCUUUGGCUUAUCUUAGUGCCAUCUCAGAGCUCAACUACAUGACCCAGAUUGUUAUCAUGCUUUAUGAGGACAACACACGGGAUCCUUUAUCUGAGGAGCGGUUCCACGUGGAGCUGCAUUUCAGCCCUGGAGUGAAAGGCGUUGAGGAAGAAGGCACUGCCCCAGCUGGCUGUGGAUUCCGUCCAGCCUCUUCUGAGAAUGAGGAGAUAAAAACAGAUCAAGGUAGCAUGGAGAACCUGUGCCCAGGGAAGGCAUCAGAUGAGCCAGACCGGGCAUUGCAGACUUCACCGCAGCCUUCUGAGGGCCCGGGCCUCCCGAGGAGAUCACCCCUCAUUCGUAACCGGAAAGCAGGCUCCAUGGAGGUGCUUUCUGAGACUUCAUCCUCCAGACCUGGUGGCUACCGGCUCUUUUCUUCUUCACGGCCACCAACAGAGAUAAAGCAGAGUGGCCUAGGCUCCCAGUGCACAGGGCUGUUCAGCACCACCGUGCUGGGUGGCUCCUCCAGCGCCCCAAAUCUUCAGGACUACGCUCGCAGCCAUGGCAAAAAGCUACCACCUGCCAGUCUGAAGCAUCGAGAUGAGCUCUUGUUUGUCCCGGCCGUAAAACGAUUUUCUGUGUCGUUUGCAAAGCAUCCGACUAACGAGCUGCUGGAUGACCAGCACCCUGUGGUCCGGUUGCUGCGCAGUUUUUCCUCUGACUGCCCAAGGGGCCGGCCAGUCUCCUUGGAUGCCACGCUGGCGCAUCACCUGCACCAGUGCUCCUACCACCUGCGCCUCUUCCGGAACUGGCUGCGCUCAGGCCAGGAUGACCCCGAGUGCCUCUACGGAUUUGAAGGGUGCUCCAUGGUGCCCACUAUCUACCCCCUGGAAACACUGCAUAAUGCCCUUUCCUUACGUCAAGUGAGUGAAUUUUUGAGUAAUGUCUGUCAGCGCCACACUGAUACCCAUGCGCACGCAUCAGCAGCCCUUUUUGACUCUAUGCACAGCAACCAGGCCUCCGACAGCCCAUUCUCUCCACCCCGUACUCUUCAUUCACCUCCCCUGCAACUCCGGCAGCGCUCUGAGAAGCCCCCUUGGUAUAGUAGUGGCCCUUCCAGCACUGUGUCCAGUGCUGGUCCUUCCUCACCUACUGCAGUGGAUGGCAGCUCCCAUUUUGGCUUUAAUGAUCAAAUCUCCCUAAAUGCACAUGUGACUGAAGAAAAUCAAGACUUUGGGCUGCUCCAGGAGGCCCCUGGGAAUGGAAUGCAAGAGUUUUCCAUAGAAGGACAGCAAGAGAUUUUGGAACCAAACCAGUGCCCUCAGGAGCCACCUGUGGAAAUGACCCAGCCAGAAAACCAGAAAGUUGCUGAGGAAGUCAGCCAGCUACGCCAGGAAGGCCCAGACAUGAGCCUGCCACUGCAGGACUGUGGUCCUGUUGACCACACGUGCCAGCCAGGCCAGGCCAGCCACCUGGACCAGGAAGCCUCUGAGGAAGUUGUCCAGCGUUGCCAGGAAAACCCCGAGGAGGCCAGCCAGCAUUGCCAGGAGGUUUCUGUGGGGGUUAGCAUGCUGCUCCAUGGGUUCCCCAUCGCGGGUAGGGCCCUGGAACGUGAAGCCCUUGUGGAAGUUAGCAGGCCCACCCAAGAGAUCCUUGAAGAGCUCUGCCAGCCUCACCAGGAGUUUGCCGUGGAAGUGGGCAGGCUGGCCCAGGAGGCUUCUGCAAUCAACCUAUUGUCUCAAGAUUUCCCUGAGGUUAAACCUUCCCGAGUACUCCCUGCAGAUAUUAUUGAUCCGCAGGCCCAGGAGGUUCCCGAGGAGGUUAAUCAGCAGGCUUGGGUGGUCCCUGAAGUACACGAUCAGCUGCCUAGAGAGGAUGUUCCCCAAGCCCAGUGUCCGCCUACUGAUCCAAACCCUCAAAGCCAGGCUGGAGCCCAUGACCAGCAAGCACCCCUUCCACCAGCAACAUGUAAUUAAUCAUUUUUUCACUAGAGAUGUCACACUAUACCAGCUAUUUGAGCCAGCAACCUUUUCUGUUGGCUAUGUCACUGGCCAGAGCGAGGCUUUGACUCACACCAGAGGAAUCUGACAAUGAAGCAGUCCUCUUGGCCUGUGAUGUGGCUGUGCUGUCGCUGUGUUUGGGGGUUGAGCCAGUUUCAUGUUCCAAGUUGCCAUUGGCUCUUCACUUAGCCAUUAAACUUGAAUAGGGUUUCCUUGGAGUGGGGCUGAUCUGCCAUUUCCUAACCUACUCUGAGCACCACAGAAAUCCUAGAUUGUUAAAAGAUAUGUCACUUAACUGCUGAAGACACCAUUGCAGGUGGACAGCAAAGGCAAAGUAGAAGGCUUCAAGGUCUUUACCUUUCUGGGGGACAUGUACACAAUUUCUCAAGUCCCCUUUAGAUGACCUGUGCAUUCAGGGGACACUUGUCUUUACUAGCACUCCUCAGGUAAGUCUAAGAUGGCCAUCUGAAGCAUCUACAAAAGUAGAGAUCCCUUCCCAAGCGAACACCAUUCUUGCCUGCUCAUCUUUACACUGGACUUAUGAGUGUUUCCAUGUCAUGUCCAAGUGCCCCUCUGUCCCAGCCCUGGUCUUCUGGAAAGUUGCUCUAGGGAUGAAUAGGUUGAGUCUAUUGCAACUUCAGAGUAACUACUUAAAACUCUCUGGGGUGUGUGAAGCUGGGCCUCCUAUUGUUGUGGGGGCAAAUUGGCUUAGAAGAUGCUAUAGAAAAGAGAAUCAGGUUCUAUUUUAAGCAGUUAGCAGGGAUUAAUAUUGUACAGACACAAAGAUUUAAUAUAUAUAUAUACAUAUAUAUGUAUAUUUCUGUAGUUUGCCAGGGACAGACUGGCCAAAGACGAAACACUCCAGAGUCCCCAAGAAAUGUGUCCUUAUAUCAUGUGUCUUUAGGACCAGGUGUGAUUUAUGAAGCUUUUCCCAAAGAUAUGGGGCUGGGAGUGGGGUAAGAGGGUUAAUGCAGUCAGUCAUUGGAAUCAGGGGCCGGAACAUUGUAAGUGCUCAAUAAACGUGAAAUAAUGA